GUAUACCGGCACCUCAGAAAUCAUCCAGUUCAAUGGCGACAAGUUUGCCGUUAUCGACUUCUCCAAGCUGGAAUCCUAUUUCUUCCAGCUGCCAGUCCAGAGGGAAGAGGUCAACUUCCAGUUCUUGUCCAGGAAUCCUAACGGACUUAUCUGGUUCCAAGAGAACGGGCCUGACAAGCAUUAUUUGUACUUACGGAAUAGUCAGUUGGUAUUUGUCACUGAAGAUAGAUAUGGACAGCCAUUAGAGUUCCCUCUUGGUCCACAAAAAGAAUACAGUAGCUGGACUAGGUUCCAGGCUGUUGUAGAAAAGGGCAGAAAAUUGACCCUGAUAGCCUCAAAAGGUAGCAAAGAUGAAUUCAGACAAGAUUUCACUCUCCCAAGGGACAUUCGCUUUUUGGUUCCAGGCUUGGUUUAUUUGGGCGGCACCCGCGACAACUUGAGGUCUACAGGCAAUCGGGUGGAGCAGUAUCUGACGGGAGGCUUAGCCAAAGUGAUGUACAAUGCUAACCUAAUCAAUGGAACUAUCUCCUACAACGUUGGUGUUGACGUCAUAUCAAGAAUUAACGACCGUAUACCCACUCAGAGGCCACCAAUCACUUGGAGACCACCAACGUAUACACCAAGACCUCCAACACCUGCACCCACCCUCCCACCACCCUUGACCUCACUCACCUUGGUGGAUGAAAGAUUUUACAUGGAAUACCCAGAAAUUUUCCAAAUUAAAAAUGGCGCCGCCCUGUCCCUGAAAUUCCAGACCAUCAAAGACAAGGCUCUGCUCCUGUAUGUCACAGGUAACCUUCUAGGCAAGGACUACAUCCUGUUAGAGAUCUACGACAAGAAGCUUUACCUGGUACAUCACCUGGGGGGCAAGGCAAAGAGAACUCUAGUGCGUGAAGCCGAAGUCUCAGAUGGUCAGCAGCACGAGUUGGAACUCCGCUUCACUGACUCCAUGAUCAACAUGAUGCUUGAUGGGGAAAUGACAAGAGUUAAGCUAGACCCUGAUGAGCGGUUACCGAAAACACCAGCUACUGUCUAUUAUGGUGGAUAUAAAAGCUACAGCAACCUGCCCUGGGCCAGUUGGGCAAGAGAAGGAUAUCUUGGUUGUCUUUCUAAUGCCAAGAUUAAUAAUGUUGAAGUUGAUUUCCGACAAUAUCUCCACACCAUGCAACUCCUGGGGUAUGUAAACCCAGGCUGUUCCGCCAUGCCCCAGGCCUGUUCCCAGCUCAACCCCUGCGCCCACGGCUACUGCUCCAACACCUGGCAGAGCUUCCAGUGUGACUGCCGUGCCACAGAAUAUUCAGGAAAGCAAUGUCAAAAUUUGGCCUUGGUUGGUGUGAUGAACGGUAGCAGACAUUUCAUCCUGAGCUACACGCCCACCCUCACUAACCAUGUGGAUAACAUGUCAUUCCGUUUUAAAACUAUGGUCAGCAAUGGUUUUAUAUUCCAAACCAAGUCCAAUAUAAAUAACCAGUUUAUCCGUGGUGACCUUGAAAACGGACGUAUCAAGAUAUCAACCAAUCUAGGAGGCACUAAUCAGGUUUUCUAUGUUGGAGAUAACUUGAAUGACUUGCGGUGGCACACAGUUUACAUACAGCGGCGUGGUAACGAGAUGGAAGUUUGGAUUGAUGAUGAGCCACAUCAGAAACGAAUUCUACCAGGCGAUGGCUACUUUUCAUACAUAGACAAUGUUUUUAUCGGCGGUUUCAACAAAGGUGAAUUGCCCAACUUUGACAGCACCAAAAGGUUUAUAGGAUACCUGCAGAACUUUCACAUCGGUGAGGUAGAUGUCUUCAACAAACUCAGCGCAGCCGGCUUUGAUUUCUCUGUUGGCGGAGAGCUUCCGUCUCUGAUCUUCAAUGACGUCACAUUCCCCACGUACAACUCGUACGUACAGCUGCCACCCCUGAACCAGGCCUCUGGGUUAAAUGUUCACUUCCUGUUUAAAACACAUAACCCCAAUGGUGUGAUUCUGCUGAACGAGGGACUCAAUGGGGAACUCUUUGCUGUGGAGCUCUUCCAAGGGAAACUGCAUGUUAAAAUGAUGCCAGGAAAAGAUAAGCCACCAAUUCACGUUCCCACACCCGAGUCACAAGUGUACAGUGAUGGCAAGUGGCAUUCCGUUUCCUUGGUAACCAUCACAUCCAACAACCAGAAGCAGAUGAAUGUGGAGGUGGACAGCCUUAAGUCCUCCAUCUCUCACAGUAUGUUGAACCAGGUCAACCUGAAUGGACCUCUUUAUAUAGGUGGUGCCCCUGAGAGUGUGCUGCAGAAGCCAUACAUCAAAGAGUUCAUUGCAUCCAAGGCUGGAUACAGCGGAUGUUUAGCAUCUGUGGAUGUGGGUCUGCAAAUGCCGGACCUUUACCAACUGGGAACAGCACAGAAUGUCAACAUCCUUAACACAUGUCAAGAUGUGAGGACUAAGUGUACUCCCACGACCUGCAUGCAUGGAGGCUUGUGUCAAGACCAUCUGAACAAUGGCACCACAUCAUGUGAUUGUUCUAGAACUGCCUAUUCUGGGCCAGUCUGCGGAGAUGAGCCACUUGGCUACUACUUCAGAGGUGAGAGUAAUGCAGAUAAAUACGGCAUGAUGAUCUACCGCUACCCAUUUGCAGAACAGCUAAACAGCGAGCAGGAUGAGAUUGUCCUUGGGGUGAUGACAAAAGAGAAGGAUGCCAUUCUUGUGAAGCUAAUUUCUGAUCACUUUCAGGAUAUGGUUGAGAUUGGGCUGGUCAAUGGAUAUGUGGUAGUGAAAUACGAUACAGACGGAACAGGGGCAGCAACUACAAUAACCAAUAGUGACAUACUAGUCAGUGAUGGCAACUACCAUAUUAUCAAGCUUCUGAGAACUAAAGAUAAAGGAACUCUUACUGUUGAUAAGAUGGAAUCCUUUAACAACCAUGCAGUUUCCCAUGGCAGCUUUGACAGACUGACUAAAAUCUAUGUUGGAGGGGUCUAUCAAGGUAGAAAGAUACUGAAUGGCUAUCAAGGCAUCAUUGGAGGUCUUUACGUCAAUGGAAAACUGAUAUUCCCAUACGCUACAAGCAGGCCUGAUUACGUAGAUCUUUAUGAUGACAUAAAGGUGGCACCGCAUCCAUUUAAACUUGGACCAGUUGUAACACCUUCUGAACCUAACGGAGGAUGGGAAACAAUACCCACUAAACCACCACCUCUAGUUAUAACUACUAUUAAUAUAGUAGAGGAACCAGACAUUCCAGUGAUUCCAGGCGAUAUUGGAGGUGCUGGCGUUAUCUGGGAUCCUGUAGGGGGUGCUGGAGGAGCAGGGGGUGCCGGAGGAGCAGGGGGUGCUUCUGGAAGUGGCACCAAUGUUGUGGUUUACCCUGCUGGGAGCGGAGGGACUGGAUCGGAUAUAACAAACAUUGGGCCUCCAGUGUCAGGAGGGGGAGGAGUGGCGGCAGCCCAAGUGGCGUCAGUGCCGUCCUUGCCUGCUGUAGGACCCAGAGCUGGGGCAGUCAUGGGCACAAUCCUUGGCCUGGCAGCGUUAGCAAGUAGCUUGAUGUGGGCCUUCUACAAAUGUAAGCCUGGCUGGUGCACUUUCCUCAAGCCCCCGCAGCCCACCAACCUGAACAUCUCAGCCCCCAGUAGCACCAGCAACAUGGCAGCUGUAAGAGCUGCAACAGGUGGAGCUGGUGUGGGAGCUGGAGCAGGAUCUGGUGCAGGUGCUGGAGGUGCUGACAUGACAGAUGCUGUUGUCACAGGUUACUCUAAGAGCGCCACAGGUCAAGGUUUUGGUGCCGGAGGCUCUAGCUCUUAUCUAUACACACAACAAAGUAGCACCAGUGCCCACCAACGCAGUGAUAGUUACGAUUCUGCAACUCUGCGCGCCACGGGUACAUUUUCAAAUAAAGGAACAGCAAUUGGCACCCCACGGAUGGGUAGACACCAGAUGGCCUCAACUUCUGGAGCCAGCGCCUACUCUGAGAGUAGUGCCGCAGCCAUCACGCCUGCUUCACUGCAGUCCUACCACAUAGAAGGAGGCAACAGUACAGCAGACUAUGACCUUGCUACAGGUGUACACUCCAACUAUCAGAGCAACACUCUAAGUGCAGGUGGAGUAGGGGCAGGCUACUCUACUUCCACCAUGUCCUCCAACUAUAACUUCUCCAUGAAGACCAUCCGCAAUGUAGGAGGGCAGCAGGCUAUGAUGGGCUAUGCAGCAGGAAGUAUGUCCAAUGUCAUUGUGACCCCAGGUGCCAUGGGUGAAGAGGUCAGGGUCGACUGUUGCCUGAUGACAGCUGAUGGUCACAGUGUGGUCACUGGGUCCAGCUUAGGUCCCCCUCAAGUCUGGAACAUGAAUACAGGAGAGCUCCUUCGCAUCAUGCAAGGUGAAACAGUGGGCUCCACCAAUCUCCAUUUAGUUUGCAAUGACAGGCUUUUAGUUGGUGCAAUCAAUGCCGACCUAGAAAUCAAUCAAUACUCAACACCUAAAGGUGUACACAACUAUCAGUUCCAGAUCUGGGACUUUGCAUCAGGUCGACCUUUAGACAUGGCCAUGCAGGAGACCUGCUCGGCCCUGACAGUUCUCAGCGACAACGACAAAGUGGUGUUUGGCCGCUCGGACAAGUUUGGUGGGGGAACCAACAUAAUUGUGUGGGAUUUGAUGGGCAACCAGGCCAUCAAGGAGAUGAGAUACGACGCCCCUGUAGGAAACAAUGACUACAUUAGCUAUAUCAGCUUAUCACAGAAUGACAGGUACGUGGUCGCAGGUUUCAACAACACCUUUGAUAACUUUGCCGAGUUUGUCAUCUUCGACAUGACCUUGACAUCCUACAACAUUUCCGACCCCAACAUUCUGCGACUGGACGCCGCCCCUGAGUGCACGGCCAUCCUCCCCCACGACGAGGCUGUCACAGGACUUAGGAAUGGUGACCUGGUCGUAUGGAGCCUUAAGACAGGUCAACCAAAUCGUCAGCUGUUUUCAAACACAGGCAAACACGCCCACUCCAGGGAGGUCAAGGCUGUGUCAAGGUCACAGGACAACAAGUUUUUGGUGUCUGCCUCCACAGAUGGCACCCUGAAGGUGUGGGACCUGGAGACUGAGAGACACAUCUGUACCAUGUCAGGACACAAUGAUGAGGUCUGGUGCGCUUGCAUUUCUUCUGACAAUGAAAUCGUGGUCUCUGGCUCUAGAGAUGGAACCAUCCGCCUGUGGCGCCUGAAGAAUGGGCAGGAGAUCUGCGCCUUCAAUGCUGGCGUGGAUGUGUUCUACAUCACCAUGAGCCAAGACAAGGGCACCAUCGUUGCCCUGGGAGACAAGUUUGGUGCCAGGAAACUCAUUAUGCUGCAGGUGGUGCGCUCUAAGGUCAAGCGCCAAGUGCUAGCUUAGUUAAAGGGGAGAGAACUUAUGUCCAACUAGAAUAAUCAAAUAAUUUUUUUAAAGUGUUAUCGCUUCAACACCAGGAAAAAAUUACAAUUUCUAAACAAAAAAGCCCUUUACAAAAUAUUUUUUUACAAUCAUUGUAAAAUCUUUAAAUUUAGGCACAUUUUGUACAUUUAGAUUUUUUUUUUUAAAUUACUGUAGGGCAUUCGAAAUUACUUAUAUUUUUACAUUUACUGUAAGCUCCUUAAAAAUUUCAAAAUAAUAUAAUUUUAAAAAUAAUGUAAUUUGUAAUAUAAUAUAAUGAAUUGAUAGAAUAAGCAUGAUACAGUGAUAACACAAUAUAUAGAUAUAAUUUCCAUGUGUGUAUAGUGAAGAGCAGUGAAAGCUUCUUGCAACUGACUUGAUGCUAUGCUGUAUUUAAUGGCAUCACUUACUCUAAGGAUGCUUGGAUGAAAGAGUUAUUGUUAUUUAUUGUACUGGUUCUGUUUAUCAUUCUCAUUAAUAUCAGGGUGGAAAUAAUUAUUUUAAAACUGUGAUUGAGGAAUUAUAUUUAAAAAAAAAAUUUUAACAUGAUUUCAACCAAAUAUCACACAAUAUCAAAUUGGUUUUAUUUUUGAAAAAUAAAAGUUUUUUUGUUUUUUUUUAUAAUUGACAAAAAUAAAAUUUCAUUCUAGUCUGAAUUUCCCUGGUGUCUUCAUAAUUCUCAUUUUACCAUGUCAUUUUUUGUUUCAAUUUGGAUGUUAUAAAAGAAGUGAAAGAAAUUGUAACUCUUUUGUGUAUUUGAACAUGUUUUUCUCACUCAUAUUGGUGCUACUACUUUUAACUUGUUGUCUAGGAGUUUGUAUGUAUUUUUUUUCUGUUUCAAAACAUUUCUUAGUACUAAUAAACAUAUACAACAGUGUACAUAUAUAUCCAUUGUUUUGUAACUUGUGUAGUCAGUGAUUCUGUUUUAGCUUAAGGGUCAUGGUAUGUAGCAGAGCUAUUGUUUAAAUUAAUUCUGUGAGUGGUUAUGGAAGAGACAGAUCUGUGUUGUUUUAUAAACCAUUAAGAUAAAUGGGUAAGUUAUACAGACUUAGCUAAUGUUCUGUAAACAAAAAACAGGAUAAUUUUGAUUUAAAAUUAAAUUUGUUAUCAGUAAUGUAAGUUGUAUACAUUUUAACCAUACAAAACCACAUAAUUGAAGUCCAAAUAGUUUGUUUAAUAUAAUUAAAAUGUCUCUUAUGAUGUGUCUCUAUGCAUUUUAGAUAUAUUUUAUAUGGCUUACAUAUAUACACAAUUGUACAAACUGUAAUAUGCAAUUAUAUUAAAUAUUGUUUUACUUUUAAACUGGUUCAAUAGCUAUUUAUUACAAACAUUUUUUUUUAAUAAAGUUCAUUGUCGUUCAUUAUUAUUGAAACUUAAAAUAAAAACAAGGAUAAAUCAUCCGAUUAAAAGGUGAUAUUUUUAUAUAAAUUUGGAACUGAAUUGUAUUAGAAACUCAUUUAACUAAGGAUAUCUUCCUAUAUUAUUUGAAACUUCUAAAAUUGUUAAACAACUUUCUAUAAAAGAAUGUAUGGACAAAGAAUCUCAUCCAAACUAAAUGAAUUGAAAUGUUUUUAUUUUUAAAGUAGAGAUUUUUUUUUUUCCAAUGACUUGUCAUGGAGUGUAAUGUUUAUACUGCUUCUGUAUGAAUAAAGUGCCUGAUGUUUCUCUA